AUGUCGGUCAACGUCGGAAAGCUCAGCGCCGAGGAGAAGGAGAAGAUGUACUCCGCGGCCACCACGGAGAUGGAGUACCGCGUCGAGCUCUUCAACAAGAUGGUGGGUUCGUGCUACGAGAAGUGCAUCGACAAGAAGUUCAAGGACGGGGACCUUAACGUGGGGGAGAACAGCUGCGUGGACAGGUGCACCAGCAAGUACUGGCAGACCGUGGGUAUCGUGGGCCAGAUGCUGGGAGCGGCUGAUCAGGCGGCGAUGCAGCAGGGGAGAUAG